GUAUGUUACGUUCCCACACUGUGUCAAACUUAAGCAGGUUAAAGGGGGUUGCCGCUUUACAGUUGAGUCAUCGGAUACAAGAGGAGUCCUUCGAGGAACGACUCGAAGCCAUGAUGCUGUUUGCUAUCAUCCUGACUCUAUCCUUGAGUCUCAACGCACUAGCCGGUGUUGAAGCUUUAAAGAUCGGGGCAUUCAACAUACAAAUAUUUGGAACGGCAAAAAUGUCUGACCCGAAUAUUGCGGACAUGCUUGUGAGGAUCUGCCAGAGGUACGACAUCCUUGUGAUCCAGGAGGUUCGUGACAGCACUGGUACCGCCAUUGUGGACUUACUCAGCAGGGUCAACAGUCCCGGUACUGCGAACUACGACAUGGUGAUAAGUGACCGGCUGGGAAGGACGACAAGCAAGGAGCAAUAUGCUUUCUUCUACAGGACGGACGUUGGCCUGACGGUGACCAACUCCUAUCACUAUGAUGACGGAGACGAGGCACUGGGGACUGACACAUUCGAGCGAGAACCGUUCAUCGUCCGCUUCUCCUCAUCUCGAACAAGUGUGCACGAUUUUGUUCUGGUGGCAAUCCACACGGCCCCUCACCACGCAGUCGCAGAGAUACAGGCUCUAGAUGCUGUAAGGGAGAGUAUCGUCACUAGGUGGCGCAUCACGGAUAUCAUGAUCUUAGGAGAUUUCAACGCUGACUGUAAUUACGUCCGCCCCAGCCACUGGGACAGCAUCAGCCUCUGGACCAGAUAUCGGACCUACGAUUGGCUUAUAGGCCAUGACGUCGACACAACAGUAACAUCGACCAACUGUGCUUACGACCGGAUCGUUGUCUCGGGACCAACGCUUAAAGGAAGUGUUCUCCCCCACAGCGGACGCGUUUUCGAUUUUUCCAGGCAUUUCCAUUGCAACUGCGCGGCUGAGGCUGUUAGCGAUCACUACCCAGUGGAGGUCGACCUGAUGUAA